CUCAGUUCUUACUAUGCAAAGUAUGCAUAUGCAUAUAUGUAGGUAAAAGUUUUUUUUUCUCUUUUCUACCCCUUUCUCUCUCUUCCCACAAAGAAACUCACAAACACCAUUUUUCCGAUUUAACCCUUCUUCUUCUCCAUCCCCAGAACUUAAAAGAACCAGGCCCUGUUUGGUCUCUGCUAGGAAUUAAUGGACACAGAAAUUGAAGAACAAGAAAAUGAAGAAGAAGAAGAAGGGCAAAUUAUUGUGGAGACUUGUUUUUCCUCUUCUUCAUAUCAUUCAACAAAGAGGGGUAGCUUUGGAAAACCUUCUUGGCUUCUCUGCUCUAUUGCAGAUUUGGAUGAGAGAAUGAAGUUGAUGGGGUUGAACUUGUUGGAAGAAGGGAACGACGACAGCGCGCACGACAGUUUCGCAAAACGUGCAGACUCGUACUACCAGCAACGCCCUCAGCUCCUGUCAUUGCUCCAAGACCUGUACAAUAGCUACCUUUCUCUGGCGGACAGUUACUGCCACUCGCUGGCGGCAAAGGCCCGCCAGCUCUCUCCCCGCCCGUUCGCAGACGAGGAUCUCGAACGGAGGGAAGAGGAGGAGAAUGGCGUCAUCGAUUCGUGCGAUGACGCCGAGAGCUCCCUGUCUUACCAACCGCCGCCCCAGGUGAAAGCGGGCGACCCCCACAUGAUCGUCGCCGAGUUUGUGAUGAGAGCGGUGGAGUCUGACAUCAUACUCCACGAGCUCGAGCUGGCCGAGAGGCGCGGGGUGGAGUCCUCAAGGAAGAUGGAGCUGCAGAGGAGCCUCGUGGACGUGCUCGAAUCCGAGAGGUUGAUUCUACUGAACGAGAACGCCAGGCUCGGGUACCAAGUCUCUGGGCUGGUGGAGGAGAACAAGGGGCUGGCGUCGGAGUCGGCCUUCAUGAAGAGGAAGGCGGCGGAGCUGGCGCGGUGCCUGCUGAAGAUGAGGGAGGACCACCGGGUCUUCGUGCUGAGCCGCAAGCUGGAGGAUCUGCAGGGCCAGAUCCACGGGCUCGAGCUGCGGAACCGCGAGUACUACGCGCAGCUCGCGAAGCAUAGAGACGAAGCCGAGAAGACGAAGAAGAUGAAGAGACCUAAAGGGUGUUGCUUUCAAGUGAACAAGAAGAAGAUGGUGGUUCAGCAUGGGGGUUGUGGUGGCAGUGGCUUGGGCUUGUGGGGAAGGUUCAUCAAGAUGUUUGACUUUGACCUGUUUCAUUGUGGGGCCCAUUCAAAUCCUUGAAANGUAGAUGAUAACACAAAACAUAUCAGCCAAAGUCAUGAUGAUUUGAUCUGAUGUAGUGGGGAAAAUGGGGUUUUGACAUUUUCGUUUUGGGCACACUAAUGGCCGGCAAUUGCUUAUCUAUCCCCCAAGAAUCUCUUAUUGAAAGACAAUAUGAUGCAGUUCAAAUAACACUGGUGUCACGAAGGAAUCGGAUUGGUUUGACACUACACCCUCUCCCUAUGAGCCCCACAUUCUGGAUUCAAUGGAA